AUGACAUUGAUGGACAAGUUUAAGUCUCACCAUGACCCCAGUUCCGAUUCUAGCGAUUCGGAAUCGGAUGGCAAGCCCGGGUUUCGCAAGAGGGUUUCGACCCUCCGACACCGGCUAUCGGACAAGUUCCCCAUCCACGAAUCGAGCGAGGGUCGAGCCAGCAUGGAAUCUCGUACCACCAUCAGGAGCGAGCCAGCCUCUCCCGCGCCGAAUCGACCGACUCAUGCUGAAUUAGAUACGGAGGCUGAAAAGGCCACCGCUCCCGCUGCGCGCCCCGUACCCAAAGGGAUGUUAAAUGAAGUCAAGACUCUCGACACUCGGUUCAAUAAACGAGGAGAGCGACGCCUUACCGAGAGCACGGUUUCGUUCACGCAUGCGAUGGUGAAACCGAAGGCAGAGAACUUUUCCGAGUACUGUAUGGUUAUUAAACGGAGGUUCAAUGAGGAGGGGAAGCAGAUGAGCUCAAUAUUGGAAAUUUACUCACCGUAUCUUAUCAAAGCGUUUCAGAAUAUACUCGGUCGUAAUCGCAUUCACUAUGUCGAGAACAGGAUUGAUAUGGGGGAUCUAAUGAUUAUCGAAGGGACACCCGAGAUGGUCUAUCAUUAUCGGAAGGAAUUAUCGGAAUAUAGACCUAGUAACACUGAUGAGGCGGGGGAUACGACGUCUCAGAUCGGUUUGCUCCUGGCCUACAUGCAGCAUAGUAUGGGGAAUGAGCUAUUGGAGACGGACACUUUCCUUAGUCGGGGGCUUAUCAAAUAUCAAUGGCUAUGGAUGAUUUUCAGGCCAGGAGAUCUGGUCUAUCACCCUUCGACGGAUGAGCUGUCCUACCUGUGUCGGACAAAGUACCAGCAGAAUGGAUUUUGCCUCGUGUUCGAGUCCGUGGUAUAUGAUGGGAAAUCGUUCAAUAGAGUCCAAUUUAGUCAUACGAUUCAUAGUUUCGAUACUACUCGGCCAAUAUCGGCGCUCUCAGUUAUUCCAUUGUCGCUUCGUGACGAUUCCGAAGGGCUCAGAGAGAAGCUGUUACUGAGAGGGGAAUGGUAUUUCAAUUUACAGGGUGCGAAAACUGUAACCCAUCAGGUAUUACGUCCUCUCUCCUCUGACCGGUCUUGGUGGAUUUUGACUCGGCAAUACGUAGAAACUCGGUCGUGUGGUGGUUGACACCAAGACCUACAACAGGCGAUCGAACCACAAACAGCCUUCGGCAACCCACACCCCACAUGGGACGAAAAAGUGUGUCUGUGCAUGCGGUGUCUGUGGGGAUUCCCCGCAGGGAAAAGCGAAAGAUUCCAACCACAAGCUCCGAAAGCUUAACAACGAGGAUCAGUUGCUGUGCAUCUCGACAAUACACGGCUUUGUGCUUUCUAGAAAAGUAUGGGAGAAGAUUCGCGUGGAAAAACUAAAGCCUACCCAGUGGCGAGAAGAUCCGAUGGAGGACGUCGUCAUGAGCGAGUCUGUGGAAAGGGCGAUCCGGGAUCUUUUGCAGUCGCCAAUGUUCUUUGGUAGCGGUAUUUCUACGGAGAUGCUGGGGAAUAAGGGAAAGGGGUUUGUCGCUCUUCUUCAUGGGGGCCCCGGCACUGGAAAGACCCUGACGGUGGAAUCAAUUGCGGAGCACCUAAAGCGGCCACUCUACGUCCUCACCGGUGGAGAGUUGGGAUCUACCCCGGAGGAGGUGAAUAUGAAGUUUGGAGAUGCUCUUGACUUGUCUUUCAGGUGGAAAGCCAUAACGCUGAUCGAGGAAGCGGAUUCGCUUCUCCAACAACGCUCCCUGGAAGAUAUUUUUAGGAGUGGUCUGGCCUCAUGUAAUCACAAAUCUCACUCUAGUGUUUCUUCUCUUGUGCGGCGCUUGCUAACUAGAGUCAAAGCAUUCCACCGCAAUUUGGAAUAUUUUCAGGGCGUCCUCUUCAUCACCACUAACCGCCUAAGCCGAACAACAGUUGAUAGAGCCAUAUUCUCGAGAGCUCAUCUCGUAAUCCACUACUCUUACCUCGGUACGGAUGAACGGCGAAAAGUCUGGCAGAACUCGGUGAGGGAGUUCUCGUCCGAGGAGGUGAGGAUGUCGAGUGAGGAUUAUUAUAGCCUAGCUAUGCAUAAUAUUGACGGUCGGAGGAUUUCCUAUCUAACACGGGUUGCGAUGAUGCUUGCAAAGAGGGCGGGAGAAGAGCUGAUGAGGCGACAUUUCGAGGCUGCGUUGGUGAUUGGAGGAGUGGAAAUCAAGGGCAAGGUUGUCACGACAUAA